AUGUCGAUCCUGGAGAAUUCGGUUAACCUUACCGCUGGUUCGAACUACACAUCGGAACACCCCGAUCUCCCGUUGGUCUCCAAAUGGACCAUGAUCCCCUACGCCAUCACCUUCCUACUCGGCGUUCCCGGGAACAGCACUGCCAUUUGGGUGACAGGCUUCAAGAUGAAUAGGAGCAUCUACACAACAUGUUUCCUGUACCUGGCUGUGGCAGACCUAAUCUGCUGCCUGAUCCUCCCCUUCUGGAUGGUCGUAUUCACCUUUCCAGACAUGGGGCUUAGUAAUUACAGAUGGAACAUUUCGCUGGAGAGUGCUAUCGCCUUCAACGGGUCCGUCAGCGUCUUCAUAUUGACGCUGAUCAGCAUCCUCCGUUGCAUAGCCGUCACUCGGCCGAUUUGGUUCUAUCAGCACAUGAGACUGCGUUGGGUAUAUGCGGCCUUCUUUGGGGUCAGCGGCCUCUCCAUCCUUUUCUGCAUUACCGUCCUGUUGAACGGGAAGAUUGCACUGUAUAUUGGGCCCAGGACCUGGGAUAUGAUGAGGGUCACUUGGGCUAUCAUUAUUUUCGUCCUCCCCGUCGUGAUCAUGACCAUCUGCUGUGCCCUGAUCGGCCUGCAGCUGCACCGGGACAAGUUCACUCAGUCCAGAAAUCCCGUCCGCCUCACCAUGACUGUUGUCGCCGCAUUCAUAGCGUCCGGGCUCCCGUUCCACAGUUCCAGUUUUGCCUCGUUCUUUUUCGAUUGUGACGUUCGGAGUUUGGAUCACGUAACCAUCCCCUUGGCCUUCUUCAACAGCGCACUCAACCCUCUUCUCUACGUCUUCACUGGCAGCGACUUCCGCCAGGUCUUCAGACGUUCUCUUGCCUCCUCGCUCCGUCUGGCCUUCUCCGAGGAAGCGCCUGAAGUCCGGACCGACACUGCCAAUCCAACAACCCGGUUGUAA